AAUAAACUUUAUUAGGCCACAUGUUUGUGAUUUUUUAUUAUUAUCAAUAUUAGAGCAAAUUCCUUGCAACAUUAAAUAUGUUUGGAUCAUCUUUAUUUCUUGGAAUUCUCCAUUGUGAUAUUAGAAUUAAAGAUUUUCUCUCAAUUUUAAUUUUUAAAAUGCACACUUUGUUGAACUAUGUUUCCCAUAAUUGGAACUAUUGUGCCACUCUUACAAGUUACUAUAAUUAUGAACUAGUGAAGCAGGGUUUGAACUGCAAUAUUCAAAGUGGUGUGAAAUUGUGCAAAGAUGAAAUCAUUGUUGUGAUGGAAAAGAUGGGAUUAAGAGUGAAUUAUGAUGAGGAUUGUAUAGUGGAGUUUGAUGAUCAAGAAGAAAUUAGUCAUAUGUUUGAAAAUGGGGUUAGUUUGGAAGAGGUGAAGGAAGCAUUUAAUGUGUUUGAUGAAAACAAAGAUGGCUUUAUAGAAGCUACUGAGUUGCAGAGGGUUUUGUGUUGUUUGGGAUUUCAGAGAGACUUUGUGGAAUGUCAAAAAAUGAUUAACGUUGUUGAUCAAAAUGGAGAUGAAUUAGUUGAUCACUAUGAGUUUGUUAAGUUGAUGGAACAGAGUUUUGGAUGAAAUACUCUGUAGUCUUUUGUGCAGCCUAAGUUUUCUUUCUCUGUUUUUUGUUUUUUGGGUGGGAAUAUGGUAAAAUGGUUAUUAAUGUAUGAUAAUAAUAAUAAUAAUAAUAAUAAUAUUAAUAAUGAUAUAACCCUACCACAAUUUUUUUUAAAGAAUAAUGGA